AUUUCCUGCAUUAGGAACUGGUAAUGUUACUGCCAGAUAUCAUAAUUGGAUUAAUUUAAUCCAUAUCAUCUAAUUCUCGAUUUCUCGCAAAGAAACUUGAAAACUGUUACACUAGAAAAUAAGUAUAGUAUGAAACAUUGUGUUCACGUCUUUAUUGCUUAUCGAAAAAUUAUGAAAAACUGCAUUUAAGAUUUACUUCCUAUGUUAUUUUCCUACAAUAUAUCCUUCCAGAGAUUCAAGUGCAAAAUUAGGAAAGAAAUAUUAUCCAAUGAAAAUGUUUCCAUAUGCCAAGGUUUACAGUCGUGUUUCAUUGCGUAUUACAUGCAUGCUCCUUUGUAGGCAAGAGUGCUUAUGUCGCUGCGGCAACUGCACAGAUAAUGGUUCAGGCGACAAAGGAUUUUGCAGCGGAUGGGUGCGGCAGCUUGACAGACGUUAGAUUUGUGAUUUUUCAGAAAGAGAUGAUUGACAGUUUUCACGGUGCAAUUCGCAAAGCAAAAGGCUCACAUGAAGUUGGCGUAGGAUUGCCGCCUCCUCCAAAGCCCUCCACUCGUAGGUUUAGUAAGAUUGAAGCAGAUAAGAACGCUGUUCUUUUCACGCUGUGGGCCCUAAAUAUCAGCACUAUAACAUUAGCAAUUCGAAAGUUGGACAGUUGCAUACACCGUGAAGUGUCUACAAAGGUCUUUGAUGACACUGUUAUUUCCCGGAUGAAUGAUAAACAGCUGAAGGCAAUCAAACAGAAGGCCGACGAAAACCAUGUCGAAUACAAACUUAUUGGUGGAGUUAUCCAGAUUGUUGGUGUUAUGCAAAAUGUGGUCAAUGUCACAGAUGAUAUAUACGCAUCUUUACGUGAUGCUGCAAAAAUAGAGCAAGAUCAGAAUGCCGCCAUGAUAUUGAAAGACAUCGUCCAGUGGUAUUGGAUAGAACAGACCGAAAUGGAGGAUGAACUGAAACCCUAUGAAAUGAUGCUGAACUAUCAAAUAGAGCAGGCUUUCAAGGCACAAAAGGACAAUUUCACUUACACUGACGAUGGAGAAGUGGUGGUCAUUGACUUUAAGAAUUGUUCUGAGUAUUGCAAGUCAAAGCCUGAUGAAAAGGAUACAAUUAUUCGAAAAGAUCUAAUCAAAGAAUUUAGCGGAGAGGUUCCUGCCAACUGGAAAGCCAUGAAGGGAAAUUUACUGGUGUAUAAGUUGGCCCCCGCUGACAAAGAGCACACUGAUUUAUCCGGGACAUUCAACGCGUCCAGUGGUGGAGGCUACACUAUUCACUCGAUCGAGAAAGUGCAAAACAAAUCACUGUGGCUACAGUAUGAAGCCAAAAAGAAACAACUCGAGGGACAGAAUCCUGCAGGAACGAAAAACGAGCAAUUACUGUGGCACGGUACAUCUGAAGACACCGUGGACAGUGUCAACGCACAUGGUUUUAACAGGAGCUACUGUGGGAGAAACGCUACGUACUUUGGGGAUGGCGUUUAUUUUGCUGUAAAUGCAAGCUAUUCCUGUCAAGAUAUUUAUUCAAGACCCAGUGCCCAGGGACUAAAGAAAAUAUAUUACUGCGCUGUUUUGACUGGUGAAUUCAUUUUGGGAAAAGCUGGAAUGCGCGUCCAGCCACCGAAACCUAACGCAGGAAAGAAUGCCUUGUACGAUUCCGUCGUUAAUAACGUUGCUGGUCCAGCUAUGUAUAUAAUAUUUAACGACACACAGGCCUACCCUCUUUACAUAAUAACGUUUAAGAAAUGAUAGUUAGUCUAUGGCGGAAAUGAUUUUUCUGCUGGAGCACAUGCUAUCUAGAGACAUAUAUCUGAAGAGGAUUUCAAUCUUGGAGGUUUUGAACGACAAUAAAACACAAUUCUUCGUAGUGUCCAUUUCCUCAGACUAUACUCUAAGAUACGUUUUGUUCUGCUGAAUUUCCGUAUAAACUGUCUUUGUUUUAUCAUAACGCUCUGCAAUGCAUAACUGUUUAAAUUUUAAAUUUCAUCAGACCGUGUGUGUGCUUAAACAGGUGCCCGAAUAUCUUCGAGCUUUCUCCAACAGAUAGGUUUGCUAUUUGUAAUACUCUAUUGCAGAACACUGAAUUGUAUUAGCAAUAUUCUAACGUUUUUGUUUUACUUUUGCCUUUAUGUCCUGUGUACUUUGGGCAUAACAAAUGCGUACACAUGUGUUAAUUUCAUUGAUUACCCUGAUAUCUGAUAGUUCUGUUUUGGCAUUCACUUAGUCCAUGCCAGCAACAUAUAUGUUUAUUUUGUUUUGAUUAUUGUAUAUAACGUGUAUGAAGAGUUUCUUCUAUAAGCUUAUGAUUUUUAUUUAUUGUUUUUAAGUAUCCUAUUGUUUAAGUCAUAAGAUUAAAUAUAUACAUUUUU